AUGGACCUCCCGCGACAAUACUUUAUGAUCAGGUUCGGAGAAGAAGAUGAGUAUUUGGCGGCGCUUGCAGGGGGGCCUUGGAGAGUGUUCGGGAGUUACCUUGUGGUACAAGCAUGGACACCAUCCUUCGAUCCCAUAAAUGAUGAUAUCGUAACGACCCCUGUGUGGAUACGGUUGGCAAAUAUCCCUAUCAAUUUCUAUCACAAAUCCAUCUUGAUGGGAAUCGCUAAGGGGCUAGAAAAACCGGGCAAAGUGGAUUUAACGACGUUGAACUUCGAAAGGGCAAGAUUCGGCAGGAUUUGUGUUGAGGUGAACCUGAGAAAACCUUUGAAGGGCUCGAUAGUGAUAAACGGAGACAGAUACUUUGUAUCAUAUGAAGGUCUAUCGCAAAUCUGUUCUAGCUGUGGGAUGUUUGGCCACUUGGUGCAUAAGUGUCCGAAUGUAAUCCAAGAGCGAACGGCCAUUGACAGGACCUCUAAAGUUCAGAGAACCAAUCCGGCGGAAGCACCUCAGGGUUCUAAUUGUAACUCAGGUCAAGCACGCCAGGAGGAGGAUGGUUUUGGAAGGUUGAUGGAAGAUUUGGAAUCUCCGGAGAUAAGGCAAGAAGUGGUUGGUCAAGAUGAGAAUAAGGAGAAUGAGAUUAUUCAGGGAAAUGCGAAUAUUCAGAUUCACAAAAAUCAAACGAAGAGUGUGAAUCGCGAAUCAGGAGUGAUUUUUUCGGCGGGACCCAAAGUAAACCCACCGAUAAUAAAGAAGCAAAUAGGAGGAUAUAAAGGCCCGAAAAACAAAAACACAAGGCCCAAAUCAGUCUCGAAGUCAAAGCCCAUGAGAGGGCUUGUGUUUGGUCCAACCGGAGGAGGGAUUGAACUGUCAAGCAACGAGAAACGAUUGAGAGUCGAACAGGAUAAUCUGGGGAGAUCCGGUGGUCUCUUUCUACAGGAUAGCCCUGUUAGAGUAGAUGGAGUUCUUCCCCAAUUGGCUGAUAAGGGUACGGAGUCGAACCCGAUCUUGGAUGUGGUGGAUGCGAAUUUGGGAAACGAUGCAGGUAUGCAUGAAGUCCCAUCGGAGAUAAUGGAGUCUUAG